AGCGAACGCGGAUUUGUUGGCGCCAGCGGCAACUGCGGGCAAGCUUGAUUUGGACCGUGAACCGGGGAAGGCUUGGCUCUCAGUAAGUGUUUCGUGCAGUCCAAGGCAGCUGCAGCUGGUGGUUAACCGUCUGCCGCUCUCAUCUGGGGGGCCAACUUCCUGGUUUUGCUAUUAACGAACACCAACUUUGCUUCCAAACCGUUUCCCCUUCUGCAGACCGACGGAAGCGGCCUCAGCCAUGACUCGACGAAGUGGUCGCCAGCAGAGACGAUCUGAAAAUGCUCGGGGGCAGAAAGGCAAACUUACCAAGCAAAGCAACAGGGCAAAAGUUCAGCCCCUGUCGAAGCUGCAGUGUGAGGAGAACCAGCUGGUACUUGGGGGUGUCGCCAAGCCCUGCAUUCUCACCGAGACUCCUGAGAAGGGAGUCAGGGUCGCCUCUGACGAGCCCGGCUAUCAAGACCCCACCGCCAGAGAUGCUUCGGCUCGGCCGUCCCCUCUGCCUCAUCUUGGGUGGGGCUCCUCCGAAGACGUGUGGGUGAAGAUGCUGCGCAAGGAGCAGAAUUACAGACACAGCAAGAGCUUCAUGCAGAAGCACCCCAGGAUACAACCCAGAAUGAGAUCAGUCCUCCUUGACUGGUUAAUUGAGGUGAGUGAGGCGUACACCCUCCACCGGCAGACGUUCUACCUGGCACAGGACUACUUUGACCGGUUCAUGUUGACCCAGAGCAACAUUGACAAGAGCAUGCUGCAGCUCGUCGGGAUCACCUGUCUCUUUAUUGCAUCGAAGAUGGAGGAAGCCUGUCCUCCAAGGCUCUCGCAGAUGGCGUAUGUGACUGCAGGGACCUACUAUGAGGACGAGAUUCUUCAAAUGGAGUUAAUCAUUUUGAAGGCGUUGCGGUGGAACCUUUGUCCUGAAACAGCCGUGUCUUGGCUGAAGCUUUAUUUCCAGACGGCAUCGAUGGACGCUAACUCGGACCUGCUGGAUCCACAGUUUCCACGGGACGCUUACGUCCAAAUGACACGUCUUUUAGAUCUAUGUAUCCUCGACAUAAACUCGCUGGACUUCCAGUAUCGAGUGUUGGCCGCGUCAGUCCUGCACCAUUUCCUUAAACAGGAAGCAGUUGAAAAGGUUUCAGGUCUUUCGAUUGACGUCAUCCAGCCAUGUGUCAACUGGAUGGCUCCCUUUGUUGAAUCAGUGGGCCGGUUCGGCCAAGCGACGCUGAGGGAUUUUGCCGAGACAAAAGACGGCGGACACAACAUCCAGACACACACGGACUACAUGACCAUGCUGGAGGACGCCAGCAAAAAGGAGGUGAACAGCCAGUUCCCCACUCCUCCCAGCAGCACAGAGAAACCCUGAACACUCUGAAACACGAGGAAGACUCUGAAGUGAGUGUGAACAAAGAGGACACAGGGUUAAUGUCCCACAAACAGAGACAGAGUCUUGUUUACUGGAGACGGCUCCUAUCAAAGCCAGAGUAGGGAGGGAAAAAAAAGACUGUUGAUAGUCUGGAUGGGAGUUUAUUUCACACCUGCUGCUGAAAUCUGUCACUGAAUUCUUUAUCGAGGAUAAUGUGCCUGAAUUUGAAAGAAUCUUGGCCAAAGCUUUUCUUGUCUUAAGAUUUUAGCUUUCUUUUUAGCAACUAAAUGGGUGCUUUGCUCCAGAAAAGAAAAAUGUUUCUUCGAAAAAAAGUGUUGUUUGCAGUUAGUUGUCAUUUCUAGAAAAUGACAUUUUAAUACUGAAUGUGCAAUUAUUUACUUUUUGUAUCAUAUUAAAUAUGUCCGUAGCCAAAAGAUAAAAUCUUUUAAAAGACGUCAGGGUCAGUUUAAAUUUUAAGUUGUUUUUUUUUAACGGGACUCUGUUAAAACCAACUGAGUGUGCUGCCGUAUACUUCACCUGUCAUCAAGGUGCUAGUCUCACCUAAAUGCGAAAGACACUGAUGUACAGGAUGAGUAUGCACUUUAUUUUAAACCCUGAUGGAAGCCACAUACCCCAAAGCAUUAGUUGAAUAAAGUGCAUACUCCUCAGUUCAUUUGUGUUUCUCACUUAUCUUUACCAUGCUGUUGAAACCGAGGCAUUGUUUGUAUAACUCAGGGCAUUAGUCAGUAACUAUUUUUUUUUUAUUAAUUCAUUUCAAAUGAUUACAAAUGUACAAAUGAACAACUGUAUAUUUAUUU